UGGCUGGAAAUCAUCUCAACCGACAGAAGUACUAUCCCUUCUGGAAGAAGAUGAAUGCUGAGGAUCGGGAUCUCAGCGAGUCACUGUUGGACGUUCAGUCCAAUGGGAGUGCCAAAUUUGUUAUAGAACGACCAGUUUUCUCGCAACAGAAGUUUGAUGAAGGAUUCGAACCUGGUACUCGUCCACAGAGCACUCUUAGACAGAGUUUAAGUAAAGCUAAAUCCAAAUGUCUCUGUUCGAGGAAUUGUUGUGUGAGGUUUAUCUACAGUAUUUUUCCAUUCAUUGAUGUUCUGAAGGAGUAUGAUGUUAAAAAGGAUCUGUCCGGAGACAUUGUGUCUGGUCUUACAGUCGGGAUCAUGCAUAUUCCUCAAG